AUGGCGUCGUGUACUCUGAUUACAACGGUUACAGGACUCAUGUUCACAAACAUGAAGCACCAGCUGAAUUGCCCCACCACCGUGGUAGAUGCUUCUCUGUAUGGGUGUUUCGAGCUCUGCUGGAGGGACAGACAGUGUCUUUCGUUUUUCGCACGCGAGUCCCCUCAGAAGUGCUGUCUUGCUCCAAGCCGCUACCUUGAGGGCGAUCUGGUAGGUCAGCCGGGCAUCAACUACUUCUGGCUUUAUCCAGACUAUUGCCACCCCGACACAGGCUACACCUUGUCUCGCCAGACUGACCUCUGUUACCGGUUGUACACAGAACAGAAGUCUUGGGACACAGCCAACCAAAAGUGUAAGGCGGAUGGAGGCUCGCUGAUUAAACUCAACACACCAAGGAAAAUCAAUCACAUAAAAGAUGUGAUAACGUCUAGCUCGGUGUACAAUUCCAUCGGAGGAUUCGCUAUCGGAGGAAUAUUGUCGGGCCAGUGGGCGUGGUCAGACGGAUCAGAGAUCACCCAUGACGACUGGGACGAUGGUCAACCUGUACCUGAUGUGAGCAAGACACGUGUUGUAAUGGCGAUGACAUCCGGCUACAAGUGGAAGAGCGCCGAACCUGUUGAAUCUGGGGGAUACAUCUGCGAGCUACCCUUCGUAUCCCUCAACCCAUAUGUGUGACACCGCUUGACAUGUGUAUAGCAUUGUGUGACACGGCUUGACAUAUGUAUAGCAUUGUGUGACACGGCUUGACAUAUGUAUAGCAUUGUGUGACACGGCUUGACAUAUGUAUGACAUUGUGCGACACGGCUUGACGUAUGUAUGACAUUGUGUGACACGGCUUGACAUAUGUAUGA